AAUAUUGGGCUAUAUAUAGACAUCACUACCUGCUCUUUCUUGCACAUAUCAAACACACACACAAACACAUAUCUGUGAGAAAAUGAGCAGCUUUUUGAGGUUGUUUGCUACUGCUUUCCUAGUGAUGAUGCUUUUGUUCUCCACUGGAAUGGUGGCGGAGGCAAGGACGUGCGAGUCGAAGAGCCACCGGUUCAAGGGAAUCUGUGUGAGAAAAGCCAAUUGCGCGGCGGUGUGCCAGACAGAGGGUUUCCACGGCGGCCACUGCCGGGGCUUCCGCCGCCGCUGCUACUGCACUAGACACUGUUAAGUGUCACCUAAAUUAUUAAAUCUACACUUGUUUUAAUUAAGAAGAUUGAUUAAAUCAAUGACUGUUUACUGCUACAACGUAUGAGUGUAGCAGUCCGUCAUGGAUAUAAGGUGUUUUGAUGUAUUUGUGUGUGAUUGAAAAUAAGAGAACUUCUCAACUGUUUCUACGGAGGAAUUUUAAUUUCUUUUCGUGGCUUUCCGUUUUAUUAUGUAAUCUUUUGCAGCUUUUAAGUUUUGAGUAUGCAUGUACUACUUCAUUUCAAAUUAUACUUAAGCUAUAUUGUUGGAGCUUUA